GUUUAUAAAUGGCGAACCACGAAGAGAAGCAAGUACCCAAAUUGUCAGAUAUAUUCGAUAGUGCUUGGAAAAUUCACAUUGAAUUAGAAUCUAGUAAUGAUGCAACGAAUAGUGACGGUUAUCAGACGAAAGUGAAAGAAGCUAUCAAAUUAUUUGAAAAAUGUACUAUGAUGGUUAGUGAACUCAGUUUUUUAGUGAUAAUGAAGAAAUUGAAGAAGUACCCACAUCAUCUCUCAAGUACUUAUUACUGCCAGCAUUUCUGGGAGAUUUGAUGCUGAAGCUAACAAGCCAAGAUAGAUUGUCUCAAGUACAGAAAGCUAGCGUGUAUUUCAAAGACUUUUUAAAAAGAUGCAAGUGUUAUGGUUUAACCACUGAGGACAUACCAAAUAAUCCAUCACCAUCAUCAGACAUGUCUGCUGCCAGACCUAAUCUUAUGGGAAUGGCAGCCAACAGAGAAAUGAAAAUAAAAAGAUACAGAGAAAAGAAAGAAAGAGAAGAGAGGCUGAAUUCUCUUGGUAGUCCUGUGGAUAUUACACAGCGAGAUGAAGAUGUACAGAGAGAGUAUUAUCUUCUGAUUGUUAAAAAAUGGAUCAGCGACUCACUAGAUGAGUAUUCCAAUGUCCAACAAGAAAUAGAAAUAUUACACCAUAUGGCAAAAAUGAAAAAAAUUUCAGGAGAUGCUCCACCGUCAGCCACAGCCCCACCACCGACAAAAGGUCGUCCUCCUCCAUCUGCACAGCCACUUAAACCAUUCAUUCUGACUCGUGAUGACAUACAAGCCAAGGUGUUUGGUGCUGGCUAUCCCAGCAUUCCUACCAUGACUUUAGAAGAUUAUUUUCAGAAAGAAAUAAUGGAAGGAAAGAUUCAAAACAGUAUAUAUUUUUACAGCAGUGGUGGUCAGCAAACACUCUCAGAAAGAGAAGCUGUUGAAAAAAAAGAAAUUGAGAAGGAGAGAGAAAUUGAAAGGGAUGACGAGGAUGCAUUAAAAAAAGCAAGACAAUGGGAUGAGUGGAGAGAUGAUCAUAGAAGAGGUGAAGGAAAUCGACAAAACAUGGGAUGAUUGUGACACGUAUACAUAUAAAGUACUCUGAAAAAUAAAAAAACAAACAAACUCAGGCUCAAUGUUUAUCUUAUUUCACAUUGGAAUGACAUCUACAUUUGCUUAUAGACAUAUAGUGGUCUGUCAGGAGGAAUGUUGCACUUUCAGAAUAUGUGUUUAGGUUAUGGGUGACUGUCCACAGCUUCUCAAUCAUGCGUUGUAUACCCUUAUUGUACACUGUGUACUACUACGUAUUGACAACAUUCACCACUAUUAGACAAUGUACAGAAAAAGUAAUAAAUAAAUAAAUAAUGUA